GCCCGGGGCCGCUGCCGCCGGUCGGGCUCCGCCUGGGCUCCGCGCUCGGCGCCCGGGGCACGGGGCACGGGCAGGGGCCGGGGGGAGCUCGGGGCCGGGGGGAGAAGGCACCAGGGCGAGAUGCAGGCGGCGAACGCGGACGUGCUGCUGGAUCUGGAGGAGGAGGAGGAGGAGGAGGAGGAAGAGGAGGAUGGGGAGACCGUUUUGGAAUUGAACCAGGUGAUUAUUCCCACUUAUGGAACUGUGCCAGAGCAGCAAAACCUUCAUACUCCAGAAUGGGCCAAUUUUGACAAUAAGCCUGACUCCUUGUUCUUCAGCGAUGGGCAGCGAAGAAUUGACUUUGUUUUGGUGUAUGAAGAUGAAACAAAAAAAAUGACUCAUAAGAGGAGUGAUCGUAAAAAGCAAAAGAGGAAGAGACAAGUAUAUGAAUCAAACCUGAUAAACAACGGCUUGCAACUUGAAGCAACGAGAUCGGUUUUGGAUGAAAAACUUGUUUUUGUGAAAGUGCAUGCACCUUGGGAAGUGCUAUGCACGUAUGCAGAGGUUAUGCACAUCAAAUUGCCUCUGCAGCCCGAUGACUUGAAAACCCGAGAGUCAGCAUUCAACUGGUUUACUAAUCUCUUCAGAGUGGAUGAAAAUAUCAUCAAGCCUGAGCAAGAGUUUUUCACUGCCCCCUUUGAAAAGGAACAUUUGUCCAACUUUUAUAUUCAAGACAAAGACACAUUUUUCACUCCUGCAACUAGAAGCCGAAUUGUUCAUUUCAUCCUGUCCCGUGUGGAAUAUGCAACCAAAAACAAUGUGAAGAAGUUUGGCAUUAACAAAUUACUGGACUCUGGAAUCUACAAAGCAGCAUUUCCCCUUCAUGAUUCUAGUUUUCGGCACCCAUCAACUGAUCCUUCCUGCCCAAGUGAACGGUAUCUCCUCUACAGAGAAUGGGCUCACCCUAAAAACAUUUUCAAACUGCAACCCCUAGAUUUUAUCAGGAAAUACUACGGAGAGAAAAUUGGAAUCUAUUUUGCUUGGCUGGGCUUUUAUACUAAUAUGCUGAUUGUGGCUGCAGUUGUAGGAGUUGGCUGCUUUCUAUAUGGAUGCCUGACAAAAGACAACUGCACAUGGAGCCAAGAAGUAUGUGAUCCCAACAUAGGAGGUAAUAUCAUAAUGUGCCCUCAGUGUGAUAAAGUAUGUACCUACUGGAACCUCACCAGCACUUGUGAAUCAUCCAAGAAACUCUGUAUAUUUGAUAGCUUUGGAACCCUCGUGUUUGCAGUAUUUAUGGGAAUAUGGGUUACUUUGUUUUUGGAGUUUUGGAAGCGAAGACAGGCUGAACUGGAGUAUGAAUGGGACACGGUUGAGUAUUUAGAACAAGAAGAACAAGUUCGCCCAGAAUAUGAAGCUCAAUGCACUCAUGUGGUAAUGAAUGAAAUCACACAGCAAGAAGAACACGUGCCAUACACUGCCUGUGGGAAGUGCAUACGUAUGACUUUCUGUGCAAGUGCAGUCUUCUUCUGGAUUCUUUUGAUUAUUGCUUCGGUUAUUGGAAUCAUUGUCUACAGGCUCUCUGUUUUCCUGGUGUUUUCUGCCACAUUGUCACGGCACAUUAAUGGCACACAGGCAAUCCACAAGUACCUGACACCACAGACAGCCACCUCAGUAACUGCUUCACUCAUCAGCUUUGUAGUCAUUAUGGUUCUCAACAUCAUCUAUGAAAAAGUAGCAAUCCUGAUUACUGACUUCGAGCUUCCAAGGACACAGACCGAUUAUGAAAACAGUCUGACCACAAAGAUGUUCUUGUUCCAGUUUGUCAACUACUAUUCUUCAUGCUUCUACAUAGCUUUCUUUAAGGGCAAAUUUGUAGGUCACCCUGGAAAUCCUGUCUAUUGGCUAGGAAAGUAUCGCAAUGAAGAGUGUGAUCCAGGUGGAUGUCUCCUUGAACUCACAACUCAGCUUGCCAUCAUAGUAGGAGGUAAAGCAAUCUGGAACAACAUUCAAGAAGUGCUUCUUCCUUGGUUUAAGAAUCUAAUUGGAAGAUAUUGUGCAGAUGCUAGAUCAGAAAAGAUUGUUCCACGCUGGGAACACGACUACCACCUGCAGCCCAUUGGAAAACUUGGAUUGUUUUAUGAGUAUCUCGAAAUGGUCAUACAGUUUGGCUUUGUCACCCUGUUUGUGGCAUCGUUCCCCCUGGCUCCCCUUCUGGCUCUUUUUAACAACAUGCUGGAAAUCCGGCUGGAUGCGUGGAAGCUGACGACCCAGUUCAGACGCAUGGUGCCACAGAAGGCACAAGACAUCGGCGCGUGGCAGCCCAUCAUGCAAGGCAUAGCCAUUCUGGCCGUGGUGACCAACGCCAUGAUAAUUGCUUUCACAUCUGACAUGAUUCCUCGUCUGGUUUAUUACUGGUCCUUCUCAGUCCCUCCUUAUGGGAGUCACAACAGCCACACUAUGAAAGGGUAUAUAAACAACACGCUCUCUGUCUUUAAUAUAUCAGACUUCAGGAAUGCAAGCAAGCCAUCUUCCCCUUGGUUUGGGAACCAAACGACAUGCAGAUACCGCGAUUUCCGCUACCCUCCUGGUCACCAGCAUCAGUAUGAGCAUAACAUAUACUACUGGCACGUCAUUGCAGCCAAGCUGGCUUUUAUCAUUGUCAUGGAGCAUGUCAUAUACUUUGUGAAGUUUAUUAUUUCCUACAUAAUCCCAGAUGUAUCACAGAAGACCAAGAGCAAGGUCAAACGAGAGAAAUAUCUAACACAGAAACUCUUGCAUGAAAACGAUCUCAAAGUUGUGAAAAAAACCAUGGGGAAAAUUGCUGACAAAAUUAUCAAAGGAGUAGACAGCACUUUCCGACCUAAGUCUGAAUAAAAAAAAAAACUUUUUUUAUAUGGAGUAACAGUAUUUAGCCAGCUAACACCUGUCCAGAUAUUACCAAUAGUUAAUCAAACACUUUGGAUUAAUUCCCUUUACUAAACGUUGUUUCUUCCAACUGUCACCUGCUCCUUAUCUGUUUCCCUUUGGCAAAAGCAAUCAUUGAGACUUGGUUUACAGCUACCAAUUUUUUAAAACAGCUUCAGUAGGAUGUAUUUUUUAACAUGUGAAGGUUAAAAAAUAUUUAUCGUCUUAAGACAAUGCAGAUUAGUUCUUAAAUACAUACAGUGCUUCCCACUUUAUUUAGGCAUAGGCUAUUAAAUCAGUUGUUCAACUUGAAUAAAACCUUAUGAACAAGAAUAAUUUGUUUUACGAACACCACCACUUCCUCUGAAGGAGUUUUGAUUACUUGAUGAUGGAGACCCUAACUAUAAAAUUAAAUAGAAAAGCCAAAACAUGAAGGCAAGAGAAGGAAACGACAACACAAAAUCAUGUUGUUAAGCUGUUGCAAUUGACGUACUAAGCACUGUUGUGUGCUACACUGAAUUAGAUGUACAUACUGAGACUUAAAUGGAUAACAAGAUAUUUCAAUUAAUCAUGGGUUUGGAUCACAAGGAGCAGCAGGACUGUAAGCCCAUCCUGUUCAUCAAUCUCUGUGCAAACAGGAGAACUGCCUUUGCAAUCAAUGCAUACAAACUGACUUUACAGCACUCGGAGCAAGAGGAAAACUCAGACAUUUUAUCUUUCCCUGGUCAAUGUACUUUCAUUAGCUCACUUGGCCAUUCUGUUCUGAAUGAACACAGCCUUGAAGGUCUCCCACCUGUAACAGUAAUGAGUGUUAAAAUUCUUUUCACGUACUAAAUCAAUAUUUGCUGAGGGCUGUAUUUUGCAUUUCUCCCACACCAGAGGCACCAUUCUUUUCCCUGAUAGAUUUCGACAUAGGAAGAAUGUGCAGCUGGACCUGUUGUGGUACAACACUGCAUGAUAAAUUGAAUUUGGACUAGACCACGAAUCUAUUGAAACUGAAGAUCGGAAUAAGCAAUUUAAUAUGCCUUAACCGUAUUAUGAAACUUUAAACAACUGGGAAGAUGUUACAAGUGUGGAUGAAUUUGUUGGAGCUAUCAGUCAUCUUCAAAUUAGGCUGCAGAUCUGCUUGGCUGUUUUGCCUCCAGUUGUAACCUGGGAGUUAGGGAAUUACAGGGUAAGCAUGUAUGUAGGGCUCCACUUUGUGUCUGCAGCAGUGAUGUUCCAGUUUAUUAACUUGCUUUCUCUUUUAAUGGUUCUAGUGGACCAAUUCCUACAAAUUCUGAAAGCCAAAAUCUUGUUAAAAAGGCACUCCCUAAACAAGAUGAUUACUGUUGGGUUUGUAAUUUUAUACUCUUAAAUGUAUUUCAUAUGUACAAUUGUUAGGAAGAUUGUUUGUAUGGCUUUUUCAAUAUAAAGAAGUUUGUUUGCAGAAACUAAGUAGCAGUGUUAAGAUAUAUUUUAUCCUGCUAAUAAUCAGAAGGAAUCAAACAUUUGAAUUUUGUAUAAAAACUUCAAAAUACUACUCUGUACCUCAAGCCUAUCCUUUGAAAUGGCAACAUUUAAACCAGAAGAGGCAGCACAUGAGGGGAGUUCUUUCAGCAGCUGUGAUAUGCAAGCUUUCACUCAGCUUGACUAUGCAGAAUGAUUGCAUGGGAGGAAGGAACAUGAGAGGAAAGUUUGGUUCAAAAAUUGGGAUAAGGUUGAAAGUUGGAAGACAGAAACUCAGAGGUUCCAGAGAACACAUUUCUGGCAUUGAAGAACUGGAGCUUGCUUACUAUAAUGCCCAGAAAACUUGUAUACAUCACCUGAAGACACCUGAAGAUGAAAAAGACA